GAAUAGUUAUUAUUAAUUCUUAUGGAUAAACUUGUGAUGGACGAAGAGAUAUGGUCAUUCGUUCAUAGUAUGAUCGAGGUCGAGGCUCAUGCCCUCUUGGAAGCAUAUCUUUCUACGAAGAAGCUUCAUCACUACCCGAUUGAGAUCUUCUGAGAUUGCAAGACUCCGAUGGAGGCUUUGAGUAGUGACUCGUCUACAUGGUUAUACCGAUAUUAGGGCUGGACAAUCGGUUAGCGAUUAGCAGUUAACCGACCGGUUAAAACCGAAACAUGUCGGUUAUCUACUCACCGAAAACCGAGAUAACCGAAAGUCGGUCGGUGUUCGGAGGCGGGGCGAGAUGGUUUUGAUCUUGGGAGGCAGUUUAGUUAAUCGAAAACAUAGAUAACCAAAGCCUUAAACCCUUUUUCGGUCAAUGAUCGGUAGGAUUGAGAAGUGAUUCGAUUAACCGGUAACCGAUCUUUCAUUUUUCGAUUAUAACCGAACCAACGGCCCUCCCCUGACCGAUGUUAUGCUUAUCUCUCGUCUAUGAUUCUCAUCUUCAAGAAUCUGAUUGGAUUCAUGUCAAAAACAUUGGAUCAUGGUAAUAGAUGGUCCGAGUCCGACCCGUAUAAAACUUAACAAAGGACAAGAAAAAAAGCGGGUAAAAUAAAAUCCGGAUUCUCCAUCUAUAUAAUCAUCGAAAGAGGUGCUCCUAUUUUCCUCUUUCCGCGUUUCCCCCAAUCAAUCAUCGACAAAUUCUAGGGUUUUCAGCCACCUAGGGUUUUCUCUUUUCUCCCCCCACAAUCCGCAGCGGGCUCGCGCGCGCAAUCGAACCAUGACUGGGAAGGCGAAGCCGAAGAAGCACACGGCGAAGGAGAUAGCAGCGAAGGCGGACGCCGCGCUAACCAACAGAGGCGGAGGCAAAGCCGGGCUGGUCGACAGGACGGGGCAAACCAAAGGAGGCCACGCCAAAUACGAGUGCCCGCACUGCAAAGUCACGGCCCCUGAUGUGAAAUCGAUGCAGAUCCAUCACGAGGCUCGCCACCCUAAGAUCCCCUUCGAGGAAGAUAAGAUCCAAAAUCUGCACGCCACCGCGCCUGCUGCUGUUGCCGAUACCUCGGCCGGGAAACCACGUCCUGGCGUCAGGGGCAGCCUCAAGAAGUGAUCUUUUGGAGGGUUCCGGUCAAGAAAUAUGAACGUCCUGCUACGUUUCGUUAACUUAUGGUUUCUGGGUAAUUUUGUUCCAGUCUUUCUGUGGUUUGGCUUAUGUGUGGUUCACUGAAUACUGCUCAGUCUGUGGUGUCUAAUUUUACUUUUUUUAUUAUGGUUUGAAUAUGAUCCAUUACGGCGGGGGUUUGUUUCUGUAAUCCAUUCACCGCCUUGGCUUGCUGGUUUGGAUUUGUGGAAUGUACAUGAAGCUCUGUUGUGAUGACUAUGGAAUUGGUUCUUGUGCCAUACGCCCUUGGCCAGAAUCUGCUCCGUCUCUUGUUCCACUUAAAGAUUAAAGCUUGCUCCUUUGUGGUUUGCAUUGCAAUAUCUUUCCUGUUCAUGUAAUGACUGUCAUGGUUGUGAGAUUCUAGUUUUCGGAUUCAAUCUAUCACUUUGGGAUCAGUUGAUCAACUCCUACUGCUGUUCCUCGCCUGCAGUUGGAGUAGCUCUGGUUUGGCUUAUGUGUGGUGUGAAGCUACAUUAAGACUCACUUGGAGAACCAAAGUAGUAAUCUUUGGAAUGCUUGUAUUAAUGUAAGUGGUGCAAUCUGGUUCAUAAUCCAUGCUGCGGCUGUCAAUGCUGUUUAGGCUGCAUAAUGCCUGAUAUCUGGUAGGGUUCCUCAGUUUCGGGUGACCUUUCGAGCUCAGGUUGAUGGUCCCCUACCCCAAAAUGGGGGGCGAGAAACGGCAUUUGCUUGUUAAUGUAAGAUGAAUUCAGUACGUUUCACAGAUUGCGGUAUAAGGUGUCUCCACGAAGCUUGUGUUCCAUCGUAACGAGCUGGUUGGGGCAACAUAGUGAUGGUUUAAUAUGUUCUUAUGUUGUUCUGGUAAACCUUGAAGCGGAGUUGCUAAGCAUUGUGUAUUAGAAACACAGUUUUUGUUCCACAUAAGAGAAAUGCUACUGGAAGAGUAAUGAGACGCACCAAAUUAUGUUGCCAAAGCUCAUUCGAUUGCUGAUAAAUAUGAAACGAACCGAAUACAUUUGAUAAGAACAA